AAUCGUUUCUUACCUCGACGUUAUCGUCGCGGUUCUCAUGGAAUGAUCGCUACCGAGGGUGAAGAGAUGAAAAUGUUGGAACAUAAUGGAAUCAGUUCUGCAUACAAGGAUUUCACACAAGCGGACCUUGUCGACCCAGCCGUUCGUGCAUUUGAGGAGCAUCGACAGGAAUUUAUUGAAUUGAUGAGAGAAAUCCGAAAAAAGAACCCGCUUAUCUCGCCCGUAGAUUUGCAAAAACAAGCUGAAUAUGAAAUGAUUACUAGAGGACCCAAAUCUCGAGCAUUCUAUCGUGUCCAAGCUACCCGACGUCUCAUUGGAGGUGGUGACAUUGUGAAGAAGAGAAUCGACAAAGAACACAAUAAAGUUAUUGAUGCGGUAAGUGACUAUGUACAUUUUCCCACUUUUCUCCCUCUCAUCAUCUUAACAGUCUUUUGUGCACCUAAAAAUUCGACAAGAUCUCAAGAAUCUUCAAACGAAGCCGACGACAGGUUUUUUGUUUGAAU